AUGACCAGCGAUCGGAGAUUCCAGCGUACUCUGUUGGCAGUGGCAGAAGCCGUCCAAACAUUUUCCGUUGGAACAUUUGACUUUGCAGAGAGUAUCAAGCAGAUAUGGGGACCGCAGACCGAGCCGGAUGCAGUGGAGACCUCCAAUCCACUGCCCGUUGAGGGCACGCAGGAUGUCCAAGUGGUUGAUAAACCUCGAGGAAGAACGCCAAUUUCUCAGAACGGAUAUCAAUUGCCAAUCAACUCCCAUAGUCAUCCGCCGUCUGUGACUAUGGAGGACGCGCACUUAGAACCAUUGCAUGAAGAAAUUGGGCUGCUAGACACGGCAAAUUCGCAGCUGUCUAAGGAUAUGGACGCUCUAGCUACGUCUACACGGCAAUCUGUCAAAUGCUGCUACUCAUGCUAUGCGCGCUGGAUGCACGAAAGUGCGAAUCCACGUUGUCAAUCCAUCCCAGGGCGGACGGCGUGCGAAUAUUGUGUACGCAUGCAGAUUAGCUGUAACAUGAUUCCAGAAGGCGAGAUGAGGGAGAUGUUGCAAUGCAAAAGAGAGGCUGAACUUCAGGUUGCAGCGCAAAACGACAAUGCCUCGAUAGGGCGAGACCCAGUUUAUGAGGCUUUCCAGCUACUCGGAGCGCACUUGGUGUCCUCGUUUGGGGACAUACCACGGCAGAAGGCUACUUCAAAGCGAGCCUAUCAGGAUAUCGAUGAGCAGCAAUCUAUGUCCAAACGGCAGCGGACCCAUGAAGUGCGAGAAGAAGCAGUCCCACAUCGGAAUGAGCACCUGAAAAAGGCUACGCAACAGGACCAUGAUGACCACGGAGCGGCGAGAGGCAGGUAUUAUUCAUCGUCUUUGUCAGAUUCGUCAUCAUCGGUGUCGUCGACAGAGGAAGAAGUGAAAGUGCAAAUAAAGAGAGAAACAAUUUCGCCAGUCAGAAUUUCAAAUCAGGUGCCAGUUGCGCGUACAAUGACACACAAAGAGGCAGUACAUCUGGAGGAAGAGAAUGAAAGAUCCUCUACUUUGACACAGGAACAGUCCUCGGAAGAGUCAUCACUAGAAGAGGAUAACCAUGAACACUCCUCUGAAGAAGAUGAUGAGGAACCGGAAGAAGAAACAUUGCAAGCUCUAGCAGAAAGAGUGUCUCAAUGGGAAGAAGGUUUUCCCAAAACCGCGCCGAUUCUACAACAGGAUGAGAGUGAACCAUCCUCAUCAUCGUCGGAAGCUGACUCCUCAGAAGAAGUGUCAGAGGCAGAACCUGAAGAGCAACUAAAGAACCAAUUGGGACCAGAAGCUGGUUCGCAAGAUGAACACAAAGAGACAGUGAAAGCAAUCUCUAUCCUACCAGAGGAGGAGAAUGACGAAUCCGGGUCACCCUCGUCUUCAUCGGAAGACUCAUCUUCAGAAGAAGGGUCAGAUGACGAACCGGGGGAACCAGAGCAACCGGCAGGAUAA